AGUACAUAAUAUUAAUUCCAUGGGUCAUUGUGGUGAACUUGGUGGUAAAUCGUGAACUCCAAUAUUUAAAAAAUGAAGCUAACGCUUCUGAGGAGGUUCGUGAAAUAUAAGUUUCCUGCGAAACUUGUGAACUUACAACAUGAAAACUUAGUCAUAGAUGGUGAUUAUUUUAGAGGUACGUACAAGAAAAGUUCCUGUCCGUACAUUCUCGGCGGGGAGUACGACCGCUACGCGAACUACUUGAGGAAUACUUUAAACAUGUUCGUAGAGUGCGGCGUCACUUGCUACGUCGUUUUCAAAGGAGCCAAUGACACUCCCGUCGAAAAACGCCUGGAGAUCCAUCAGAGGAUCAUCGACAGAACCGACGCCGUUCUACCGGGAAGGGAGGAAAACGUGUACUGCGAACCAAUUUUCGUUAAAGAUGUCGUCAAAGAAGUCCUAAAAGAGCUCGGUAUUAAAUAUUUUGUUUGCACUUACGACGAGAAGGCAACGCUCUUUAAUGUCGCGCACUUCUUUAAUUGCCCGAUACUCACAAAUGCUAUCGAGUACACGAUAUUUAGAGUGUCGUGUAUUCGACCGGAGUCUUUAACGUUCGACAAAACCAACAAGCGGAUUCGGUGUGAAGUUUUUGAAGGGGAAUGUCUUAAAAGGUUUUUUCCUCGUGAUUAUGAUCUAUUGGCUAUACUGGUGUCCUUGCUAUCUGAUGAUGCUACGUAUUACGCAAAAAUAGCGAGCAUAAUAGAGUGUCAAGAGUACAAACUAGUGCAGGCUUCGACUGCGUGGAUAAGAAAGAAGACUCCAGCAUUUGCUACCGAGAGUCUCAGAGCAGGGCUAGAUAUAGAAGAAGAAACGGAAUUGCUAUCGAAUGUGCGAGCGGCUAGAACCUUGUUUUAUCGCAACGGAGACAAAUUGGCGAUCCAGCAUUUUACGUCUCAAGUCGAGGGCGUAAGCAGUCGGUCAUUUAAAUAUAUGGUAGCCACUGGAAAGAUUGCAGCACCAUAUAUCAAUUUAAAACUAAAAGAAACGUUUUCGGGAUCGUGGCUCAUAGGUUGUAAGGAGAAACCUGACGCUAUGCUUCCCGCUUUGGAUAUUGUAUUUUAUUCCUACGCGCACCUCAGAGGAGGGAAAAAAUUUGAAAUCAAGUUUAUUGGACGUCAAAACAUUGAACAGACCUCAGAGAGCAAAAAUUGGGUGAUAUAUAAGAGCGUUCACGGUAAGAAUAUUGAGAGUCACUUCCGAUUAUUCCUGCACGACAAUUUGCGUGGUUUCGAUAUAUACAUUUUUAUAGAUGUACCACAAGAUUGUUGGCUGCUAUUGACGACUCUUGUAUUCUAUAACGUCCGGAAUGGCUCUGCUUUUACUAACGGAGCUUUGGCGAUCAUUCUAUCCUACGUGCUACUGUCCGUCGUUUCGAGAGUUGGUUUAAUUAAAAGGAGUAACUUCACCUUGUUCAACCCUUCGCCAGAUAACUUCAAAGACGAAAACGGCAUAUCGAAUACUGACUGCCUCAUCGUAGGCCAUCGGGUUCUAGAUUUAUUUUAUAUCAAUGAGCAGAAGCUCAAAGAUAAUUUUUCUCGCGAAAUCCUCCACAGCUUGGCCGAGUUCCAGCAUUGCUUGCAGCACAUGAACUAUCUUAACGCUAUGUGUGAUGAUAUCCCUCCCACGUGCUAUCACAAAUCUAUUAAUAUGACUCUUGUAUAUAAUGUCAUUUUGAUCCUGGACACUGUGGACAGUCCUAUGAGGUAUUUGAAAGAUCUUAUCAACUGUCCUUCAAUCUUUUCAUUUUACCGUCGGAUCGUGAAUGCAUUCAACAAAUGCCAGGACAAGGUUUUUACGUGACUUUUUAAGCUUCCUUUCAUUAUAAUAAUAUUAGGUUUACUUUUUACUAGCAAGG